CCCUAUUUAGCCGUGAUCAGAAUCCUAGGCUUUUAUACCAUGAUUGUAUUUAUAAUAUCGCUUUAAUAUCAGCGAAUACUUGAAUAAAUAGUCCUAUAAACUACGGAAAAUUACCAAUAUUUUAAACAAACAGGAAAGACAAAACGACUUUACUCAUUCAUUCAGAGAUAUCUAAAAUGUGUACCUGGCAGGGAGUGUAUAUUUUGUUACGCAUUUCAUUUCUAAUAACAUGCGGGAAACCCGAGGGCGAUAAUUUCCCACCUGGCCAUAUGGAACCUCUUGGAUCUCACAUGCCUCCCAUUGAGAUAGAAGUCAGAGAGUCAGUACCAAAUCCAGUUGAAUUUUAUCAAAAAUAUAUCAAACCUGGCAAGCCGGUUGUUAUGAAAGAAGCGGCAAAAGUGUUCGAAAACUAUAAGACAUGGAAGAACGACACUUACUUAAGAGAAAAGUACGGAGAUUGGUUCAUAUCUGUAGAAGUUGGAAAAUAUGAAGGAAGUGUAUUUGGAAAUGAUAUUGAAAUUCCAUUCAGAAUAUUUAUUGAUUAUUACAAAGAAAAAAAUAUCUAUUUAAUUACAGAUAUUGUGAAAGAUAAUCCUAUGAGAGAUGAAGUCUCACUACUGAAAUCGAUGGCCUGUGGAGGAUAUGCUGAACUCGUGGAUAGCGUUAUGUUGUUUUACUCUUCUGCAAGCACACAAUCUGCUUUACAUAUGGACGACUUUGAAAACAUGCAUUGCCUCUUCGACGGACAAAAAGAAUGGGUUCUCUUUGACAGAAAAAUCCGCGACAAAAUCCCACGCAUGGAAAACUAUCCACAAUACGGAGCCAUGGAUUGUAGAAAAGUAGAUAUGCUCAAAUAUCCUAUUAUACAAGAAUUACCUUGGCAUCAUGCAUUUUUGGAACCUGGAGAUUGUCUGUUCGUUCCAUGGGGUUGGCCGCACCACGUAAAGUCAUACGGGAAUAAAAGAAACAUGGCUGUAGCUAUUUGGUUUGGACCAGUAGAAAGACCGCGUACAACCGAUUGUCCGGAUAAUAUGGAAGAUUUACCGUCGUCUGUGCCACUAGGUCGUCGAUACAUAGAAAAGAUUUCAAAGCUUAGAAAUCACUUGUAUGGAUAUUUUGCAGAAGAUAGCGAUAAAUGCAGCAAGGAUAGAUUUAUGCAAAUAAAAAUGGAUCCGUUGGAUGAAUUGGAAAAACGUAACGAAACUGAGAAAGAGAUUUUAUUGUCAUCAUUUGAUGUUCUCGACUUAAACAAAGAUGGAUUCAUUUCAAUAGAAGAACUCGAAAAUAUACCAAAAGAUUGUGAAAUGCUGGAUAAAAUGGAAAUAAAAGAAAAUAUUUAUCAUGAACAUAAAGUGGUUAAAAAAACUAGGAAAUCUGACGAGUUAUAACAAUGCAACAAUUUUACUAUAAAGGCCAUUGAAUAUUAUUGCAUUACUUUAAUUUUCUCUCAAGUAAUAAACAUAGAGAUAGAACAGUGAUUAAAUAUUA